AUGGCAAGCCUAGAUGUUGCAAAUGUUUCUAACAUUACAACCGAUCAAUCUGCUCUUCUUGCCUUAAAGGCUCAAAUUUCUUAUGACCCUCGUAAUGUUUUGUCAAACAACUGGUCUAUUGGCACCUUCGUUUGCAAUUGGGUUGGUGUUACUUGUGAUUCUCGCCAUCAACGAGUAACCGUUUUGAACCUUUCUUACAUGGGUCUUGUAAGUACCAUUCCUCCACACAUGGGAAACCUUUCGUCUCUUCUUAGUCUAAACAUCGAAAACAAUAGUUUUCACGGCUCUCUGCCCAACGAGUUGUCUCAUCUUUACAACUUGCAACACUUAUCAUUUGGAUUCAAUAACUUCAAUAGAGAAAUCCCAUCAUGGAUGGGGAUGUUAUCCAAACUUCAAAAUUUGUCUCUGUUUGGUAAUAGUUUCACAGGAACUAUUCCACCAUCUCUAUCAAACAUAUCUUCAUUGCAAGUAAUUAAUCUUAGUUAUAACCAACUUUUGGGCUCCAUUCCAUCCUCCAUCUUCAACAUAUACAACUUGCGAAGAAUUGAUCUCAGUGAUAAUAUGCUUUCUGGUCCGAUGCCCUCCAUUAUUUCCAACAUGUCAUCACUGCAAAUCAUUAACCUAAGAGGUAAUAAUCUUUCUGGUCCACUCCCAAAGGAAACUUUUGAUAAUCUUCCCUCCUUACAACAGCUUCAAGUAUCUUAUAAUCAAUUUUCUGGCCAACUCCCAUCUACUUUGUUCAAGUGCAAACGACUGCAAUAUUUAUCAUUUAUGAAUAAUGAUUUCACUGGAAGUAUACCUUCGGAAAUUGGAAACUUAAUCAUGCUCACAGAGUUAUACUUUGACAACAACAACUUUGAAGUUUAUGAUGAACAAAGAAAACAGUUUUGUUCCCUUGAGAAUAUAUCGACAGUUGAUCACUUCACCAAUGGAAUUGGUGGCAGAUAG